AUGGCCGAGAUCCAAGCCACUGAUACAGCUCAUCUAUCCAAGGAGAGGAAAAGAACCAGAGUACAGUUAUCUUGCACAGCCUGCAGGAGUCGGAAACUGAAAUGCUGUCGCACGCACCCUUGCAACAAUUGCUUAAAGAGGGGGGAAGGAAAUUCAUGCACCUUUGUCGGCCGUGGGCCUCGAGGGAGGUCGUCACACGGCCGGGCUAGCCCGACACAUGUCCAGGACCGCUUGCAGCACCUCGAGAACCUGAUAAUGUCUCUUGCCCAGCAGAGGAAGCAGGGAGAACCUCCGAGUCAGGACUUUUCACCAUCGUUCCCAGUACCCUUGCCUGAACCAUUGGCCCGAGAACAGGCGAAGGUGUUGACGCCUCCUUCGCCGCCAAAGCCCGAGGGACCAUCGCCUGAAAGCGAAAGCUCGCCUUCUGGGGGAGACGGAAAGCUGCUGGUCAAGGAUACCGUAACGAACUAUAUCUACAGCGCGCACUGGAAAGCUAUUCUUGAAGAGAUAAACGAGUUUAAGCAGUCACUGCAGGAGAGUGAUGAUUUAUCAGAUGAAGAAGUGUCUGAGGAUGAUAACAUUAGCAGCAGAGAGCCCACAAUCUGGUUCGGAAUAAGCAGACAGAUGAGCAAAGAGGAGCUGCUUUCUGAUAUUCCGGCUCGCCAAGUAACGGACAGACUGGUUUCGUAUUACCUGAUUUCUAAAGAGCCUAUAGUUGCAAUUCUCCAUAUUCCUACAUUUCAAAAGGAGUACAACAACUUCUGGGACAACCCGCAGAGCGUUUCCCUUUCAUGGCUCGGGAUGCUGUAUGCAAUUAUGACAUUGAGUAUUAUGUUUUACCAACGGACUGGAGAUCCGAUAUAUGGUAUAGAUGGGGAUUACGGUGAGAUUGCCAACGUUUUCAGAAAAAGAAGUGCGCAAUGCCUGGUCCAAUCCAACUACAUUGCCGCAGGGCGGUAUAAAGUCGAGGGCUUAUUUCUGUAUACCAUGGGCGAGUUCUACAAAAAACAUGAUGUGGAAACAGGAGUCCCUUUUCUUUUAGGGAUUACUAUUAAACUAGCCAUGCGAAGUGGCUAUCACCGUGAUCCGCAGCAGUUCCCAGCUAUAUCCGCUUUCGACGGAGAGAUGCGACGGCGCGCAUGGGUAUUUCUCUGUCAGCUUGAUGCCUUGCUUUCUUUUGAGGUCGGCGUUCCACGGACACUACAAGACUGGCAAUUUGACACGGAGCUGCCAAGGAACUUAUUAGAUGAAGACUUUGCCCAAAAUACGGUGCAACUUCCUCCAUCACGCCCGAUGAACGAAAUUACCGCAAUGACGUACAUUAUCGCUAAGUCGCGUAUAAUGAUGGUUUUUGGGAAAAUUCUGGAUAUGGCAUUCUCGCGGAAACCAGUAACCUACGAAGAAACACUCGAAGUUGACCGGCUCUUGGAGGAAGCGAACAGUCUCAAACCCCCAGCAUAUCACAUUCGCCCGAUUAACCAGUGCAUCGCAGAUCCUCCCGAGUUAAUAUUCCAGCGGUUCACCCUGGCAAAUGUAUAUGAAAAGGCUCGCUGCGUGCUUCAUCGAAGGUACCUGGGAGAAGUGCAUACAAAUAUGCGGUACGCAUACUCGCGGGUGGUGUGCAUUACUGCUGCGAAACAGAUCCUACGUGUUCAUGCAGACUUGUACCGUGAAAUACAGCCUGGUGGCCUGAUGUACAGGAACAGACUAUUUCCAAAUUCAAUUCAGUACACCGACUUCUUGCUAGCGGCCAUGAUACUUUGCAUGGAGUUGUCGUACAGUCAUGGCACCGGAUCAAGGGAUGCAAGAAACGACGAUGUGGCUGUCGUUAUCAAGGACCGAGAAGAUCUAAUCUCUACCCUUGAGGACUCUCAUCAGAUACUCCAGGAUCUAAGCAAGCAAUCUGCCGACGCUCAAAAGGCACACGCAGCGUUAACCGUGAUGCUCCGCAGGAUUAAGAGUGGCCUGCAGACUAUAGCACCACCGAAAACCAGUCCACCAACUACAGCGGCUGCCGGCCGGCCUACUGAAGUUAUGAAUGUGCCGCCACCAUACGGUACCUGGCCUGGACUAGAAGCAGGAACCUUGGGAAAUCCGUUGUUCCCCGCCAACAUAGCGCCAGAGCCUGUCCCCUCCGAAGACCCGCAAUAUGCAUCGCUAAACGUUAUUGGGGGAAUGCUCGAUACACCUGCUAACAUUGACUGGCAACUCUGGGACCAACACAUCCAGAAUCGACUGGACCAUAUGAUCGAUCGCGAUGACUUGUGGUAUGGGCAAUGA